ACACCGAGUGAGACUCCAUUUUGGCGAGUAUAAACAUGGAACAUAUGAAUCCUUUGUUUGAUGUUCAGAUUCCUUUCAUCUCUCCUAAACGUUUCUAUUUUUGUUAUUUGCAUAUGUUCACACGAGUCGCCUGAAUUCUCCAACUGGGUCGAUUUAAGCGGACGGACUGCUGUUGCAACACAACUGGCGUGACACGACUGAAACCGCUUAUCACAUGCCAUUAACUGUUUAUUGCUAUCGCAUUCGUACAGCUGCUUUUAUUUACAAUCGAAAUCGAAAGCAUACAGAGACGUACUGACUUGGUGGCAUUUCAUCUCCGCAAGUUUGACUGUCACGCGGCUGUCAGGGCGGAAACAAAACAAAGCGAAUGCGCAUGCGCACCACAGCGGCAAACAGAGCGAUGACAUCACCCAUUUAAAGCACUGAAAGACAAGCCCGGACACAUUACUGUAUUUAUGUCGCCUCACACUGACAGCUGCUCAAACUUAUAUACCGGUAUCGAGAGGAGAGUUAGAACACAAACAACCACAACACGCGCGGAUUGUCAAAACAGUUCGUCCACUAUCGCGGAUUACCUGUCAACCAAGGUGAGCGGGCAGCGCAGGGGACCGCCCCGACGACGAUGGGCACUUUGGAGGAUGAGUUGACCUCGGCGGCUGCCACGGGGAACACAGCCGAGGUGGCGCGACUCCUCCGGGCAGGGGCGGACGUGAACGCGCCCAACCGGCUGAGUUACACCGCGCUCCAGGUGAUGAUGAUGGGCAGCACGCCGGUGGCCGAGCUGCUGCUGGCUGGGGGCGGCGACCCGAACGUAGCCGACGCGCGCACCGGGAGCACGCCGCUGCACGACGCGGCCCGGAGCGGCUUCGUAGACACCGUGCGGAUUCUGGUCCGCUUCGGCGCCAAUCUGCAGGCCAGGGACCGCGCCAACUGGCGGCCCGUGGAUGUGGCCCGCAAACACGGCCACGCAGAAGUCGUGGCCUUCCUGGAGUCUCUGUGAAGGACUUUUUUUUUUUUUUUUAAGGGACUGAAUGUCCCGACGUUUUAUUUAUUUAUUAAAGGACUCGACUUUUUGGCAAAGAAAUCUGGAUAUUGGUGAGGAACGAGGUUGGUAUUGUCAUGGGAAUUUUACUACCAUUUUACUAUACUUAUUUAUGAACCUUAUUUGGACCAUACUUGAAUCACUGAAAUAAUCAAAUUGACUUAUUUCACUCAUAUGGUCUAAAAUUGCAAUGAAGAUGAUGCACUUUAACACACGGUGUCAACCAUGAAAUUUCUGUCACAUUGCUUUGUUUGCCAUUUAAAAUGAGAAGACAGUUUUUCAUGAAAGUCAGGUUCGUGCUCAACAAAGAAAAAAAUUGUGGCAUUCUGGGGCGUUAAUAUGGAAGGGAAAAAAACAGCACGUAUUGCACAAAUUAUACCACCUUUCCGAACACCUUUUGAUUUUCAUUUGGACUAUUUCAUCUUUUAUAGCUCACAAAGUGGCUUUUAGGGCUUUUCAAUCGCACGUGUGUGUGUGUGUGUGUGUGUGUGUGUGUGUGUGUGUAUACAGUGUAUUGAAUCAGCAUGUAAAGAAAUAAAAAUGAAUUUCCAAGCCUGUUCAACAUUACCAUUUAAUGACUUGCUUUUGAGCAUGUGAGUGAAUAUGCAGUUUGAUUUGCUGAUACACUCAUGACAAAGCAGGAAAGACAACUGAAAGUGAAUCACAGCAUUAGAUUCAAAUGUAGUCUUGUGAUUUACUGUCAUAUGACAAAAAAAAAACAACAUCAAAUUGAAAGUAACACCCCUCAAAAAAA